AUGAUGGUGAGUCUUCCAUUAUCAGGAUCUGUUGAUGAUGAUAACGAUCCAAGUUUAGCAGAACAAAAAAAGAAAGUCAAAUUAAUCAUUUCAAGAAUAACACCUAAUUCUGAACCAAGAGCAUCAAUUGAAAGUGAUAAUUUUCAAAUACAUUAUUUAAUUAAAGAUUCAAUAAUUUAUUUUGUUAUAUGUGAAAAAUCUUAUCCAAGAAAAUUAGCAUUCUCUUACAUUUCAGAAAUUUCAAAUGAAUUUUCUCAAUCUCAUGGUUCUGAUAGUUUAAGACCUGAUACAAGACCUUAUCAAUAUGUUUCAUUUGAUAAUUAUAUGAAAAAAACUAAAAAAAUUUAUCAAGAUCAAAGAGCUCAAUCUAAUUUAGAUAAAUUAAAUAGUGAUUUAGCUGAUGUUAAAGCAGUUAUGAGUAAAAAUAUUGAAGACUUAUUAUAUCGUGGUGAUUCAUUAGAUAAAAUGUCUGAAGUUUCUUCAUCAAUUAGAAUGGAAUCUAAAAAAUAUAGAAAAGCUGCUCAUAAAAUAAAUUUUGAUUUAUUAAUACAACAAUAUGCUCCUAUUGCUGGUGUUGGAUUAUUUAUUAUCAAUUCAAUUGAAAUUCUUAAUCAUAGUCAUAUCAUGUCAUUAGAUACUUUAAUCCCAAAAUUCCAAUUCAAAAGAGUCUUGGUUUCAAACCCACAAACAAAAUCAACAGCAUUAUUAGGUCAAAUUGAUUCAAAAGAUGCAAUUAUAACUCUAGAAAAGACAAAUUUUUUACUUGAUGAUGGAACUUCGACUGAUAAUAUUCCAUGUAUAAAUACUAUAGAACAAAUCGCAACAACAACACAAAAUGACAUUUAUCAUUGGGGGCUUUGUACUUUAAAACAAGAUCUUGAAACUAAUCCAACUUCAAAAUUAAAUUUAAUUUGGCCUGCAACUGAAGUUCAUAUUAAGAAAUAUACUCAACAACAAUAUCAUUUAAUUGAAGAAACUCCUGAAGUUUAUAACAACUAUGUUGUUCCAUAUAUUAAAACAAUGACUGGUGAUAGAUUGAAAUGGGUUGGAAAUAUCUUACAUGAAGGUGCAGAAGCUGAAAAAAUUGUUUAUAAUGAUCUUGAUAAAGAAAAAGGUUUUGUAUUAUUACCAGAUAUGAAAUGGGAUGGUUUAAGUCUUGAUGCUUUAUAUCUAGUUGCAAUUGUUUAUCGUGAAGAUAUCAAAUCACUUAGAGAUUUAAAUCCUUCACAUAAAGAAUGGUUACAAGAUUUGAAUUUAAAAAUUAGAAAAGUUGUUGCAUCAAGUUAUAAUGGACAAGUUUUACCAGAUGAAUUACGUUUAUUCAUUCAUUAUCAACCUUCAUAUUAUCAUUUCCAUAUUCAUGUUGUUAAUAUUUUACAUCCUGGAUUAGGUGAUGGUAUUGCAGCUGGUAAAGCCAUCUUGUUAGAAGAUGUUAUUGAACAAUUAAAUUAUUUAGGUCCAAAAGGUUUCUCAAAUAAAACUAUUUCUUAUGUUAUUGGUGAAAAUCAUCCAUUAUGGGUUAAUGGCUUGAAGAAAGUUCAAUCUGAUAGAUUAAAAGAAUUGGGAUUACCAACCGAAUUCCCAAAAGAUGAUAUUGAAGAAUUGAAUGUCAAACAAUGA